AUGCAUGGCCAACCACAUCAACAUCUACACACCAGCCCUACAGCACCAUUCAACAUGACGAUACCGUACCAGCCGUCGACAUACUACGGCUGCAGCAACGUGACCGAGUCGUACAAGCCGCUGGGUAAAAUCGGCGAGGGAACGUUCGGUGAGGUUUUUCGAGCUGAGCAAAUCACCACCAAACGACAUGUCGCUCUGAAAAAGAUUUUGCUGCAUUCCGAAAAGGAGGGCUUUCCGGUGACUGCGCUGCGGGAAAUUCGGAUUCUGAAGCUUCUGCGACACGAGAACGUGAUCCCGCUAGUCGACUUGGCCGUGGAGCGAGGAGAUCAGUCGAAAAAGGAGCGAGGGUGUGUCUACAUGGUAACCCCGUACAUGGACCAUGAUCUGGCCGGGUUGCUGGGAAACCAGUCGGUGCAACUUUCCCCGGCACACAUCAAAUGCUACAUGCUGCAGCUGCUGGAGGGGAUUGGGUACUUGCACGCCAAAAAGUUCUUGCAUCGAGAUAUCAAGGCAGCCAACAUUCUCGUGAACGACCAGGGCAUUUUGAAGCUGGCAGAUUUCGGCUUGGCAAGAGGCUACGACGGUCCCGCUCCAAACUCGCAAACUGCUGGUGUCAACACAGAGAAUCUGACCGCUAUGGUUGUCACAAGAUGGUAUAGACCCCCGGAGCUCAUUCUCGGAGACAGAAAGUACACCACAGCUAUCGACAUGUGGGGAAUUGGAUGUGUGUUUGGCGAGUUCUUCACUCGAAAACCAAUCUUCCCGGGAGCUUCUGAUGUCGAUCAGGGCUCUAAAAUUUUUCAGGCAGUUGGAGUACCUACAGAAGACACCAUGCCUGGAUGGAGCGUGCUUCCUGGCGCCCAAAACUCUAACAUCUGGGGCACAGACGCAACCAAUAAGCUGGACAAAUUGUUUGGGCGGCUGUCAAAGGACGGACUGGACUUUUUGAAAGGCUUGUUGUUGCUAGACCCUACAAAAAGACUGACAGCGAUUGGAGGAAAGAACCAUGCUUAUUUCAAGACAGAGCCACUGCCUUGUCAACCACACGAGCUGCCAAAGUGGCAGUCGUCCCAUGAACUCGAUAACCAUAAACGCAGAGAGCAGGAGAAGAAUGAGUCAAAAGUUCAGCCGCCACCAAGAGAAAAACAGCCUCCCGUGAGAGAGCCACGUGAUAGAGAUAGAUCUCGUGACUCAAGGCCUCCUCGGGAGCGUGACUCCCGUGACCGUCGUCCUCCGAGAGGCCGCUACGAUUCGUUUGAACGACCCGAACGGCGUCCAGAAGGUCCACGUGAUGGCCCGAGGGAUAGAGACCGCGAUGAGUAUCCACGAGAACUCCCACCACGCGACCUACCUCCCCGUGACCUGCCCCCACGUGACCGAGAUUACCCUCCUCGAGAACGAGACUGGGAUCGACGGCCUCCUCCCAGAGAUAGAGAUUAUCCGCCUAGAGAGAGAGAUUAUCCACCCAGGGACUCACGAGACCGAGAUUAUCAUCCCAGGGAUAGAGACUACCCUCCCCGGGACUCACGUGAUUACCCUCGAGAUUCACGUGACUCCCGUGACUCCAGACCCAUUUCCCCUUCUAGAGAGCGGUUCCACAAACGUCCUCAAUUCGACAUGUACUCGGAUACCGAUUAUGACCGAGAACGGGACGAAGACGACAGGAGACGGCGUCCGCUACCACGAGAUAGUUCACGUGAUAUGACACGUGACGUGUACGUUCCUUCACGAGGUAGGGAGCCGAGGGAGCUACCCAAGGGUCCCCCCCCUGCGCCGGGAGAUAAGGUGGAGGAUAAGGGAGAGUCACAUAAUAAGGACGAUAAGCCGUGUGAUACGGAAAAUCCACGUGAUUCGGACAAAUCGCGUGACUUGGGGCCUCCUCCAGGGCCUCCUCUUCCUGCUGACGGUCCUCCUCCUCCGCCUUCGUCGAAUCCUCCUCGUCCUAGUGAGACGUAUGGAGGAAGUCGACCUCCGUGGAGACGGGAUUCACGCGAUAGACGAGAGUCACGGGAUCGUGACGGAAGGGAUAGAGAUGGACGGGAUCGUCGCUUGUCAUCGUCGAGAUAUGCUCGGGAUGAGUUUGACGAGUAUGGGAGGAAAAGACCGAGAAUUGAGAGAUAG